AUCAAAUUCAGUUACCCAGGAAUAUGAUUGAAAAUAGUAUGUUUGAAGAAGAGCCUGAUGUGGUUGACUUAGCAAAAGAGCCUUGUUUACAUCCCCUGGAGCCUGAUGAAAUGGAAUAUGAACCAAGAAGCUCCCGGCUCUUGGUGCGUGGCCUUGGAGAGCAUGAAAUGGAUGAUGAUGAAGAGGAUUAUGAGUCAUCAGCAAAAUUGCUGGGGAUGUCCUUCAUGAACAGAAGCUCAGGUCUCCGGAGUAACAUGUCUGUCUAUAGACAAAAUCCAAACGGAUCAUGUUCGGUGCCCUCUGCGAGGACCAUGGUGGUUUGCACAGUUGUUCUUGUGAUUGCAGUUUCAUUAAUAAUGGCGAUUUUUCUUCUUCCCAAAUGUACCUUUACCAAAGAAGGCUGCCAUAAAAAAAAUCAUACAAUGGAACUAAUAUACCCUUUGGCAACCAAUGGAAAACUAUUUCCAUGGGCAAGAAUUAGACUUCCUACUGAUGUGGUACCACUGCAUUAUGAGCUUGUCUUGCAGCCAAACCUAACUACUCUGAAAUUUGCAGGCUCUGUAAAGAUAGUGGUUAACAUCAUCCAGGUAACUUGGAAGAUCAUACUUCACAGCUCAGGACUCAAUAUCACCAAGGCAACCAUUAAAGCAAAGCCAGUUGAAUUCCUGGAAUAUCCAUUGCAUGACCAGAUUGCACUUAUGGCUCCUGAAGCUCUCCUUGUAGGACAGAAUUAUACUGUCAACAUAGAAUAUUCAUCUAAUUUGUCAGAUACCUAUUAUGGCUUUUACAAAAUUUCUUAUAAGGAUGAGAAUUCUAAGCAAAG